CGAGUCUUCACUCCUUGUCUCAACGACAAAACCGGGCGCCGCUGUGCUAACUACCGUUUACUUUCCGAGAGUUUAAGCAGUCGAAGCCGCGUCCUCAAUGCUCAUAGGCUCAUUGCUCCUCAUCGCUUCGUGCUUGGGGCAGGACGACACCUUUACGAAUAUCAUUACCUACUGCGACGCCGGAUCGUCAAUGAAUGCUGCGGCAGAAAAUUGCAGGCGAUCGCCACCUAAGAGCAACAAAAUAUACUUGCAAAAGGACUACUGGGACAAGCGCUUUCAGGAGGAAGCAGAGUAUGAUUGGUUCAAAGGGUAUGAAGAAUUCCAAGAGCUUAUGCACCAGCAUGUAAAGCGCGAAGAGAAAAUCUUGAUUGUGGGCUGUGGAAAUUCUGGUAUGACAGAAGCAAUGUACAGGGACAGAUAUUGCAACAUUGUCAGUACGGACAUCUCCGAGGUCGUUGUUGAGAGGAUGCAGCAAAAAGCCGCCAGCAACGGGUGUGAAGGCAUCAGGUGGCAGGUAGCGGACAUGCUAAAUCUUCCUUUCACCGACGGCCAGUUCGAUGUGGUUAUCGAGAAGGGGGCAAUGGACGUUUUGUUCGUUGACAGUGAUUCCCAUUGGGACCCGUCAGAGCCGGUGGUGGCCCGCGUGCGCGCCAUGUUGACGUCCGUGCACCGAGUCCUGGCCCCACAUGGCCUCUUUGUCUCCAUCACCUUUGGACAGCCACACUUUCGGAGAAGGCUGUUUGAGAGCCCCGCCUACUCAUGGGUGACUGCAUACUCGACGUUUGGGGAAACAUUUCAUUACUUCUUCUACACGUUACGGAAGGGGACCCAGAAAGCAGGAACAACCGAAGGAGAUUGUGAACCAAAACAAAGUUUUGAACCAAAGCUUGACAUGAUGCAUGAGACUAUGGACGACCCGGAUUCACUUAUGCUCAUACAAGUCGAUGAUGAGGGAGAUUAAAAAGUCUGAGCCCACGCGCUAUGCGGGCGCCCACGAGCCGAUUUGCGUCAGAUUUAAGGUAACCGCUGAAAAGCUUGUGUCAAAUCAGAGUUGAGGCACACAUACAAUGGUCAAUGGUGAAGCCUGGCAUGUAAUUAGUCGUGACUCACGUGCUGAUAUAGUAUGGAUUUCCCGAAGUAAUAUUCUACCGGCUGAUAAUUCAAACCGAGGCCG